AAAAUUAAGGAAAUAAAAACGAAAAAAUAAAAUAAGAAUAGUCAAGUGAGAGAUCUAUUUGGCUACCAAACCCUACGAAUUUUCACGUUUUCCACCAAACUAAAGUGAACCCAUUUCGAUUUCAUCUCUGUUCUUCAUCUCUGAUUGAAGAAACAAGAAAAAAGACCCAGCUUUUGAGUUGAAGUUUCGAUUUUUAAGGGUUUUUCUUAGUUUCUUUUUCCAAAAAUUUUGUUUGGAGUUACUAGUGAUGGCUUAUGCAUCUCACAUCAUCAACCACUCUAAGAAGUUAAGGAAUGUUACCAGUAUACUGCGGCAUGAGCAUGCUGUUCUGGCCCGUUGGUUUUCAGACGAUGCUUUCAGUAAAAGAGAUGAUCUUUUAAAGCUUCGCCGUCAUGGCUAUGCGCCUGUGGAGAAGGAAAGGGUCUUUAAUUCAACCAUCAAUAGCACCGUAUCAUCAUUUGGUGUAUUGAAGAAAAAUCUUUCAAGUACAACAAGAAUAGCAGGAAAUACAGUGGUUGGAUCGUUAUCAAAUAAGGGAUUUACAUGUUCACAGGUACACUCAAGGAGAGGGUUUGCAUCUGAUACAGGUCUUCCUCCACACCAAGAGAUUGGAAUGCCCUCUCUUUCACCUACAAUGACAGAGGGGAAUAUUGCUAGGUGGUUGAAGAAAGAAGGUGACAAAAUUUCUCCUGGUGAAGUUCUAUGUGAAGUUGAAACUGAUAAAGCAACAGUUGAGAUGGAAUGCAUGGAGGAAGGUUAUCUUGCCAAGAUUUUAAAGGGAGAUGGGGCCAAAGAAAUUCAAGUUGGUGAGGUAAUUGCUAUUACUGUCGAGGAUGAGGAUGACAUCGGCAAGUUUAAAGAUUACAGUCCCUCACCAUCAGAUGCUGGUGCUGCUGCACCUAAAGAGCCUUCUCCUCCACCCCCACCAAAGCAAGAAACAGUUGAAAAACCAGUCAGUUUGCCUGAGCCUAAGAUCUCAAAACCUAGUGAAGCUCCUGCCGGAGAUCGUAUUUUUGCCAGUCCUCUUGCAAGAAAAUUAGCUGAAGAUAACAAUGUUCCCCUUUCAAGCAUCAAGGGCACUGGUCCUGAUGGACACAUUGUAAAGGCUGAUAUUGAAGAUUAUUUGGCUUCUCGUGGGAAAGAAGUUUCAGCUAAGGCUAAGGAUGCAGCAGCUGCAGCUUUGGACUAUGUGGACAUUCCUCAUUCUCAAAUAAGAAAGGUUACGGCUUCACGCUUAUUACUCUCAAAACAAACUAUCCCACAUUAUUACUUAACAGUAGAUACAUGCGUUGACAAACUUAUGGGUUUGCGGAGUCAACUGAAUUCCAUACAAGAGGCUUCUGGUGGGAAACGUAUAUCUGUCAAUGAUCUUGUGAUUAAGGCUGCAGCCUUGGCUCUUCGGAAGGUUCCUCGGUGCAACAGUUCAUGGACUGACGAUUAUAUCCGCCAGUACAACAAUGUGAAUAUCAAUGUAGCAGUGCAGACAGAUAAUGGACUCUAUGUCCCUGUUGUCAGGGAUGCGGACAAGAAAGGCUUAUCCACAAUUUCUGAAGAGGUCAAACAAUUGGCCCAAAAAGCCAAAGAAAACAGCUUAAAACCAGAAGAUUAUGAGGGAGGCACAUUCACAGUAACCAAUUUGGGAGGACCCUUUGGCAUCAAACAAUUUUGUGCCAUUAUUAAUCCUCCUCAAUCUGGCAUUCUCGCAGUGGGAUCUGCUGAGAAGAGAGUUAUCCCCGGUGCGGGCCCAGAUGAAUACAAAUUUGCUUCAUUCAUGUCUGUAACACUAAGCUGUGAUCAUCGUGUAAUAGACGGUGCAGUUGGUGCAGAAUGGCUAAAAGCAUUCAAAGGAUACAUUGAGAAUCCAGAGUCCAUGUUGCUCUAAAUCGAACUCUCCUGUUCAUGUUUUUCCCCCAUUUGAUAAAUUCAAAUGCUCUUCCCUCUCUGCAUCAGUUUAGAUGAGAAUACUUUUUAGUUCAAUCCCAGAAGUUGGGAGGAGGUUCAGUUGACAUGAUUUCAGUGCAAGGCAUAGUGUUUUCUCACUUAAUCAAAGUUGAAAUGAUUUUUUUCCAGAAUAAAAAUGCACAGGGGACUGAGGCAUGAAACUCCAAACAUGAUUUUGCAGAGUGUAAUUUUCCCCUUUUAUGUGGAUAGUACUUCUAAAUAAAUCUAGGUGUUUUUUUGUCAUGGCUUUUCAUAUUUCUUUUACCAUUUGAAUGGUCUCAAAAAUCACUGGAAAUUCUUUCUUUGUGCCUCAAGAGCUAGUCCAUUCUCUUCUAAAUGUUUGUGU